AUGGAGAACAGCUCUCAUACACUGCCACCCUCAUCUCCAUGUCCCACCACUUUCGGAGGGUCUCUGCCGUUCUCUUCCUCGCCGCUGCAGACCUGCUCAAAUGGCCGUCUCUCACUCCCACUUUCGCCCAUUUCAUUCCCUCCGUCCCCUGCCUCACUUUCUCCAGCAACAGCAGAGUCUUUUCAGUCUUCCUUCCCUCUUUCACACUGCUUGGUAUCUCAGUGCCUCGAAGGACAAAACAUGCACUGCCUCACCCCACCGAACCUAUCUGACCAGGAUGACCUGACCUGCCUCAGCUGGCUGCAUCAGAGAGGCAACCUGCUUCCACUACAGCCCCUUCCCAAAAUGGCUCCACUGCCUCAGCUAGAGUCCUCCAUGUCUUCUCAGCCUUUUCCUCCCGGCUCCUCUAAGCCACCGUACUCCUUCAGUAGUCUGAUCUUCAUGGCAAUAGAAGAUUCACCGGACAAGAGGCUUCCAGUGAAGGAUAUCUAUGAAUGGAUUGUGAAUAAUUUCCCCUACUACGGGACAGCGUCUGGAGGCUGGAGGAACUCUGUCCGACACAAUCUGUCCCUGAGCAAGAGCUUCCGUCGUAUUCAGAGGGACAAGAGCCAGGUGGGGUUUCAGUCAGUGGGGAAGGGAUCGCUGUGGUGUGUGUGUCCAGAGUAUCGGCCGGCGCUCCUCGAGGUGCUGAGAAAGACCCACAGUUAUCACAGCACCAACAGCAACCUGAUAAACAAGCCUGAACUGUUGGAAGGAUCUGACUAUGGGGUGCCUGCAGUGUGUGAAUCUAUGGAAAUCUCAGAUCCUCUUUCACACACCCUCCUCCUGUCCACGCCCUCAUCCCAAACCCUGAUCACUGAUAAUUCAUCUUUUGCCGAAAACCCACCUUGCCCUUUGACCCCAGAUCAGGAGGAGCUCAUUACCAUGGAGGCAGUUGAUUACCAGCAGGAGGAGGUCAGUGAGGAGAUGGAGAAAGACCCCUUGUCAGACAGUGGGUACAUUGAGUUACACUACUUCCAGUCUCACCAGUACCAGUACCUGGUGCUGCCAGGUGACACCGAGUUGGACCUGGAGACUGUGGAGAUCCUUCAGCUGGAUGCCGAGGCCCAGGAGGCUGCUGGAUCACUGCUGGACCUGGCAGGAGGUGGAUAUUAA